AUGGUCUUUGUAGUUAUGGAGAUAAUUGGCUUCUUCCUGGGCCUAGUGGGCAUACUGGCCAGUCUGAUUUGCACGGUGCUCCCCUUUUGGGAGGUCUCGGCUGACAUCGACACUUUGAAGUCCUUUGGAAAAAUGAGGGGCCUGUGGAUGGAAUGCACCCCCAAGGUGAAUGGGGUCUUCGCUUGCAAACCCUAUGACGCCAUCCUGCAUCUGGCCAUUUACGUGCAGGUGUCCCGGGCCCUAAUGGUGAUCUCCCUGGCCCUGUCCACCCUGGGCUUAGCCUUCGCCGUUUUUGGGAUGAAGUGCACUAUCUGUCUGAAGGGCCCAGGAGCGCUUAAAAGAAAUUUGGCAGGUGUGGCCGGGUGCUUCUUCCUAGCGGCUGGUCUCAUGACGCUGGUGCCUGUCUCAUGGACGGCCAAAAACGUGAUCUCCGCUUUUCAUGUCCACGACACCCCCGCUGCGGCAAAGUUAGAGCUGGGCGACUGCAUCUACUUGGGCAUCUUUGCCGCAUUGGCCUCCAUCAUGGGUGGUAGCUUGCUGGUCGUAUCCUUCUGCAAAUGCAGAGACUGCGGAGGACGUGACGACUGCUCCCCGUACAGAUUGACCUACUACCCACGUGCAGCAGGAGAUAUUGUCGUGCCGCUGGUGCAACACCCUCCAGUCCUGCAAAUGGGAAGAUGCGGUGUGAUUGACGGGGCGCAAACGCUGACUCAAAGUUGUAGUGAGAGCGACAAGGGAGUCAAGCCCAUGGGAUCAGCAUAUGUGUGA